CGCCAUAUUGACUGUUGUCUUGACUGGAGGAGAUAGAGAACAUUUUGAGGUCCGAGAAUAAACGAAAGUGUGCUCCUUUAAUAUCCGAAACUGGUGCAAACUUGGCCAAAGCGAAUCAUAAACACUGUCGCAAUGGCGAGGAAGAAAAGCAAGCAGCAAGGGGUCGCCCAGAAGGAGAUGGUGCCUGGACAGCAGACCGCACCGAAGAGCCCCGUCUCUCCCGGCGAUGCAGCAGGCGGUGGCGGUGGAGAUGCUGGGCUGGAUAGGCUGGCCACUACCAGAGCGAACCAGCCCAUGCACACCUGCUGCCUCCUGUGCCACCGUGAAUUUAAGGACUGGGGAGCAAGCUCUGUGAAUGGACUCCCUGGGGGCCACGGGACCAAGUUGGCUGAUGCGGUGCCUGCGCUCUCCCAGGCCUUAUUGCGGGAGGCGCCUGGGCGUAAGCUUGCUGAUGCCGUGCCCUCGCUGUCUCAGUCCCUGCUGGGAGAGGUGCCUCUGUGGAUCUGUCAAAGCUGCUGCAAGAGUGUUGAGGAGGAGGAAAGACGGAGCACGCAGGAGCAGCCGACACCGAUGCCAUUGUCACACUCUUCCUCCUGUAAAUCCCAGAGCUGUGGGAACGGUUACUCGGAGCAAAGCACUGUGGACUGGGAUCCGAGUUCCUUCCUGUCAGCCCACAAACUGUCAGGUCUCUGGAACUCUGCUCACACUAGUGGAGGGGAGCACUGCAACCACAACACUUCAUCACACUCACAACAAGGUGUAACACCGGGUUCAGUCUGUCAUGAGAAAAGAGGACUUCACGAAGCUCCUGGGAAAUCUGCUAAAACAUCAGGGACCAAAGUCUGUCCCUACAGUCAUCCAUCGUCCCAGAAUUCCAGUGGAUCUUCUGCUGGGAACCCUCUGUCUACCUCAGCAGACCUUUGUAAAACCACUCCCAAGCACUUCAAAACCAUGUGCCGUCGACCAACACCCCCGGGUGAAGCCUUCCACCCCAGUGACCAUCAUCAACACACAGACUUGUCGGUUCCCCCCAACAGUCCCACCGGCUUGUCAUCCCAGCAUUCCUCCCUCCUGCCCCCAAAGCCGAACUCUGCGCAGCACGGUCAUGUAACCUCCUCGUCGGGCACGGGUGUGGCAGCCCACGCUCCUUUCUCCCCGCUGGUACCAAAUCUCCACGGCCCGACAGCCAAACUUAAUUCGCCCAGUCCAGAUAGCCCAACGUCUGUACAUAAGCCCAGCCCGUGCAAAAACUCCCACAUUCCUGCUGUGAACACACAACACAGCAAACUGGGCACGUCUUUAAUAGGCUGUAACCAUCCCUGUAAUGGGCACAGUCAAGGAACAGUGGCUCCUCCCAAUGUAGGUCAUCUGACAGCUGGGGCCUGCAGGGAUCAGGCAUGUAAGGGGCACAAAAUGACAAAUGGGACAUUGUGUCAUCCUUCAUCUGAACUGGAGGAGGGGGAAGAUGAAGACAGCAGCUCUGAGAGGAGCUCCUGUGCCUCUUCUUCCACCAACCAGAAGGAUGGAAAGUACUGUGACUGCUGCUACUGCGAGUUCUUCGGACACAAUGCGCCUCCAGCUGCACCAACAAGCCGAAAUUACGCUGAGAUCCGAGAGAAACUCCGCUCACGUCUGACCCGGCGUAAAGAGGAGCUGCCUCAGCGUCAAGAUUCAGACCUGACUGUGGCUGGUGUCAUUGACAACAGAGACGUGGACGAGCUGCUAGACUUCAUCAACAGUUCUGAGCCCAAACCUGUCAACAGUGCCAAGGCUGCCAAAAGGGCUCGACACAAACAAAAGAAGAAGGAAAAAGCACAGCAGUGCAACGUGGGUGCUGCAGGCAGUGACCCCCACUCCAAUCCAUCUGAGCCUGUCGAUGAGCCCUUACCUGAUGGUUCUGAAGCCAGUCGAAUGCUGGACUGGCCUCAGCUGGAGCUUGAGCGUGUCAACAGUUUUCUUACCAGUCGGCUGGAAGAGAUUAAGAACACUAUCAAAGACUCAAUCCGGGCCUCGUUUAGUAUGUAUGACCUCAAUCUGGAUGUCAAUGACUUCCCAAAGAAGGCAGCCACGUUGGAGGGCAACCAUUUACUGUCUCAUCUCAAUGGUUCCUCUGAUCUGCAGCAGAUAGACCUCGACCUUGCCCCUCUUUCACUGGGAUCCUUUAAGAGCCACCUUGAUCUGGUUAAUGGAUGGGAGGACACAAAUGCUGUGUCUUCCCCUAAUACCACCACCACCACAGCAUCGGGAGUAACUGUUGGGUCAAAGGACAUCCAGCGGUUGCACACUACCCCCAGUCUCUCAAAACUCAUAAGGGUUCGCUCACCAGAAAGAUGCACGUCUACUGGAUCUGACAAUUUGCCACAGGUGCCAGCCUUAGCCACGGCUAAAUCAAAGGAGGACACCCCUGAUCCCAAGAACACAGUUAUUGGGAAUGGUGGUGCAAAGUCUAAGAAGAAUAAAAAGCAGCAGCAGAAACAGGAGCAAAUUGUGCCUGAGCUCAAUUCCAGUAAAUCAGUCAAAGCCGUCUCCAGGAACGAAUCGCAGAAAGUCAGUGAGUCUAAAGAAAAUGCUUCUAACGGCUCAAAGGUUGGGAACAAACAACCACAGCAUUCUACAGACAACCAGAGAAAUGGCCUUAAGAAAGCUGAGGAAGGCAGGUUGUCCAAACAUGCAGCAAAUGGGGCGAAUGGUGGCCUCCACAAUGCACAAAGAGGUAAAGGUGACAUGGAGACGCGGGGAAGUCGAUCUGAGCAGGAUGCAGAAAGUAGAACUCAUCACACCAUUCCAGCAAAUGGACAACAACAGCAACAAGCCAAGGGGAAAAAUAAGAAGAACAAGAACAAAAAUGAAAAAUCCAGCAGUGCUAUUGAUGAUGUGUUUCUCCCGAAAGAUGUGGACCCAACUGAAAUGGAUGAGAUUGAUCGGGAAGUGGAAUACUUCAAACGGUUUUGCCUGGAUUCUGCAAAACAAACUCGCCAGAAGGUAGCAGUGAAUUGGUCCAACUUCAGCCUCAAAAAGGUUCCUUCCAAUGCAGCUCAAUAACUCUGACGAGUGCCAGAAAGGAAAAGAACUUUGCAGUCUUUCAGUACAACCCUGUUUGGCCUGAAGCCUUCUCUCAUUCCCUGUUUUCUUAUCUUCUUUACAAAGCCAAGGGACCCUGGUUCAAAUUCAUACUCCAUCCAGAAGACUGAAAUGUAACUUGUGGCUAACAAGCCAGGGAUCAUUCUCAAGGCCAACUCUUUGCUCUUAUUGCAAUGUUCACUAAAUGAGAGAUGCAAAAUGGAAAAAGUCUGACUCCACUGCAUCCAUGUGCUUACGUAUGUAGUAUGUAAACAAUUACCUUACAUGAAAUAAAUGUUUUUAUCACAAAAUCUGAGACAUUUUAACGUUGUUAAACUUCUGAAUUUCAAUUGAUUUGAUUCGGUGCUCAUCCUCUGUCACAUUACGACUCACCACACCAGCCUCUGUAGACACUACAGACCAUUUUUCUUAUACUUUCACAACUGACAAAAAAGGAGCACAUGACAUUUAACCUAAAUGUUAUGGUAAAACACUUUUAUACAGGGAACAACUGUGUUGAAUUUACUUCAAGGCAAAUUGCAAAAGUGCAUUUUGGUGGUGGUUGAUAACUUUUAAUUUGAGAGUUUUUCUUAGAUUUAAAGUUUGAUCAAUCAUAAAAUAUUGUGGAAUCAGUAAUGGAUGAACUAAAAAGCACAUGAUGACCUCACUGUUAACUUUUAUGUACGAAAUUAUCGGAAACACAAACAUGAAAUGUUUGACCGCUUUUGGUACACCAACAACAUAAAUAGAACUUUGUGAGAAAAUAUC